CCUUGACUCAUUUCAAUCCACUCACUUGGUUUCAACUUCCAACUCAAAUCCAAAGCCUAAACUAAUCGAGCGACUCCAUAGCCGACACGUCGCGCCUCCGCCCAAUCCUCGCUGGGAACCAUGGCCGGGGCUCUGAAUCUCGGCCGCACUCCACUUUUCCGACCAGUCCCAAUCCGCAGAGCAUCAGUAAGCAACAGAGCGUGUUUCGUUAAGGCGUCCGCAAAUGCUUCAGAAACCCCCAAUUUGACCUCGAUAUCGGCGCCGCCAAACUUCAAGGCUCCAAAGCCCAAGCCCUUCUCGGUCCGGCCAGACAAGGUUCUCGACAUUUUGGGAGCUUCUCUUGCCUUGCUCUUUCGCCUCACCUCCAGUGUGCUUGUCUCGGGAUAUUCUGUGACCGUCGUGCCCGAAAAUGAGGUUCCAUCUGACCAGUAUGCUUUGGGGUUUGCUGGUUUUAAGUUGAAAGAGACUUCAAAGGUAGGUCCUCGCCCUGAGAAGCCAAUUGAGAUAUAUGAGUUUGAAAGCUGCCCAUUUUGCCGGAAGGUUCGGGAAAUUGUCUCGAUUCUGGAUCUUGAUGUCUUGUACUAUCCUUGCCCGAGAAAUGGCCCAAACUUUCGAUCCAAGAUUUCUCAAAUGGGAGGAAAACAACAGUUCCCUUACAUGGUGGAUCCAAACACAGGAGUUUCUAUGUACGAAUCAGAUGACAUAAUAAAGUAUUUGGUCAAGAAUUAUGGCGAUGGCAAUGUUCCCCUCCUGCUGUCUCUUGGUCUUUUAACUACUUUAACGGAGGGACUUGCCAUGAUUGGUCGAAUGGGGAAGGGUUCGUUCUAUACUGCAUCUAAAUUGCCUCCUAAGCCUCUCGAAAUUUGGGCUUAUGAGGCUUCACCAUUUUGCAAGGUCGUGCGCGAAGUACUUGUGGAGUUAGAGCUACCACACAUACUCCACAGUUGUGCACGUGGGAGUGCUAAAAGGAACGUACUUUAUCAAAGAGUCGGCCAUUUUCAGGUUCCUUAUUUAGAAGAUCCAAACACUGGGGUUCAAAUGUUUGAGAGUGCAGAUAUCAUUGAAUAUCUACGGGCAACUUAUGCUCUUUGACAGAUGACGAGUGAUGGACUUCUUUGAUAGAUGCUGGCUUCUUGGACCUUACAUCUACUUUGCAACAUGCAUAUUUAUGGAAGUAACAAAAGCUUUUAAUCCACACAUAUUGAAAUAGAUAGUUUUCAUUAAAUAUACGAAUAUUGGUGUAUGUGUAAGAGCUGUUGUUUAUAUAUAAGGAAACCAAUUUGAUCUUUGUGUUCAGUUUAUACUGUGGACAGAUGAGUUAAGCUGGUCUUACUCAUUUCUUCCUGGGAAACCUGUAACCAACAUAUGCCACAACCAAUUAGAAACAAAAUCAUGAAAAAUCAAACUUAUUGAAACAAUUUUUGUUCUCUUCAAAAGUCCAAUGAAUGUAGUUGGAUGUUCAUUGCUCUUGAAAUGAUAUGGUGGUAACUUGUAAUUUAGUGUGUGUGUGUGUGUGUAUGAGAAA